AUGGGAAACCAUACUGAGGUCACUGAAUUCAUCUUGGAGGGAUUUAAAGAGGAGUCUAAGAUGCAAGCCGUUCUCUUAACCCUCUUUUUGAUUAUGUACAUUAUCACCUUGUUUGGGAAUGCUGGCAUGAUUAUAAUCACCAGCGUUGACUCCCACCUUCACACACCUAUGUACUUUUUCCUUAAAAAUCUUUCUUUCUUGGAUAUUUGCUACUCUUCGGUCAUCACGCCUAAAGCCAUAAUGAGUUUUGCAAGUGGGAACAAGGUCAUUACCUACCAUGGAUGUGCCACACAAAUGUUCUUCUUUUCUCUUUUUGGGACCACAGAAGCAUUUUUCCUGGCUGUGAUGGCAUAUGACAGGUUCACUGCCAUUUGUAGCCCUCUGUUAUACUAUACCAUUAUGUCCAAGAAAAGGUGUGUUUCUCUCAUGUGCAUCUCUUACCUCUUUGGGUUUGUCAAUUGCUGUACCCAAACUGGAUUCACAUUCAGUUUGUCAUUUUAUGGGCCAACAGAAAUAAAUCACUUCUUCUGUGAUGUUCCAGCUGUCAUGAAGGCUUCCUGUUCAGACACAUUUGUGAAUGAACUUGUGCUUCUAGCGUUAUGCGGGUUUAUCAUUGUGACCACAGCUGUGAUUGUUGUAGUGUCUUAUGGCUACAUUGUGACAACUAUUUUACGCAUACCUUCUGUCAAAGGGAGACACAAAGCCUUCUCGACCUGUACCUCCCAUUUGAUGGCUGUUAGCUUAUUCUUCGGAACAGUUUUCUUUAUGUAUGCACAACCAGGGGGCAUGUCUUCUCCCAAUCGCGGGAAAGUGGUGUCAGUCUUUUAUACAGUUGUUAUCCCAAUGCUGAAUCCAUUAAUCUACAGUUUAAGGAACAAGGAGGUCAAAGAGGCUAUGAACAGACAAUUCAGAAAGAAAGGUAUUGCCCUAUGA